UCAGUUCUGUUUACUUUCUCUCUUUGUCUUUUGACAUUGAUUGAUAUCCCCUCUCUUCCCCCGACGCGCGCCCUUUACCAAAAUGAAGGCAGAAUAUUCAGACGAGCCGUCGAACUACGACAUCCACGAGGCCUCCAUACCUACUGGAUGGUCGGCUUGGUUUGGCGGUCCCAGUGUUAAGAUAGGGCCUCGAAUCGCGCCUCAAAUAGCGCCAAUUCCCGAAGUUAGAGAUUCAGACAGCGAACUCAGUAGCGAUGCUAUUCUUAACAAGCAGCUCGAGGAGGAAGCUGGUCAUGCUAUUCAAUACCGAACCUGCAGUUGGCAAAAGACUGCUGCAUUACUAUUCUCCGAAUACAUCUGUUUGGCCAUUAUGAGCUUUCCUUGGUCGUACAGUGUCCUCGGCCUUGUACCAGGGCUCAUUCUUACCGUCGUACAAGCACUUUUAGUUCUAUACACCUCUAUCGUAUUAUGGGAAUUUUGUUUACGACACCCCGAGGUUAGAGAUGUAUGCGAUAUUGGUCAAAUGCUAUUCUGGGGUCAAAAAUGGGCUUGGUACUUUACGGCUUUUAUGUUCAUUUUGAACAACACCUUCAUUCAGGGUCUCCAUAUCCUGGUUGGAGCCAAGUACCUUAACACGAUGGCCGGUACGGAUGCUGACAUCUCUUGCCAAACCAUUUCCUUUGGAGCCAUUGUCGCCGUAAUUUGCUGGCUUUCAUCGCUACCUCGUACUUUCAGCAUGCUUUCGAAGCUCGGUACUGCUUCGGCGGUGUUUACGUUCAUUUCCGUUAUCCUGGCAACGAUCUUCGCCGGAAUCCAGAGCCACCCUGCGGGUUUCCUCGCUGAGCCGACUGCCGACCCUACCGUACCUUUCGGUAACCCAAUUGUUACGGCGAUCCCAGUCGCGGGAACUACAUUUGUCAAUGGCUUAUCAGCAUUCCUUAACAUCAGCUAUACCUUCAUUGGACAGAUUACUCUUCCUAGUUUCAUCGCCGAAAUGCGUGAACCGAAAGAUUUCCCCAAGGCUCUCUGGGCAUGCACUAUCCUCGAGAUUAUCGUCUUUAGCGUUGUUGGCGCAGUCACCUACGCAUUCGUUGGAAACCAGUACAUGACCGCACCGGCCUUUGGAUCCCUGACCCCGCUAUACAAGAAGAUCUCAUUCUCAUUCAUGAUCCCCACACUCAUCUUCUUGGGUGUCUUGUAUGCCUCCGUGUCGGCACGAUUCAUCUUCUUCCGAAUUUUCCAGCACUCGCGCCACAAGAACGAGCACACUGUUGUUGGAUGGGCCACUUGGUCUGGGAUUUUACUCAUUACCUGGAUUGUUGCCUUCAUCAUUGCAAACUCCAUCCCAUUCUUCAACUCUCUUCUCUCGCUCAUGUCAUCACUUUUCGACUCAUUCUUUGGAUUCAUCUUCUGGGGCAUUGCGUAUUUCCGCAUGCGAAAAGCCGACGGUGCUGUCGCCUUAGUUAAGGACCGAUCGCUCCGUGGUUGGUUCGAGGGUAUUUUGAACGUCAUAAUUAUUUUGACUGGUGUUUUCUUCCUCUCAGCUGGAACCUAUGUCAGUGUCCAAGGAAUUUUGGAUGAGUUUGCAUUGGGUACGGUUGGCAGCGCAUGGACGUGCGCGAGCAAUGGCAUUUAAAAGCAUUUUCAUGUAUACAUUUCCUUGAAGAGGAGGAGAUACCCACGGAUGAAAAUACGGAGGUGAAGAUAUGUCAUAGACACUGUAUAGACGGAAACAUGGCGGAUAUACACACGGUUUGCUUGAUUGGAGUUUAGACUACUUUCUGCAGUAGUCGGGAAGAGGAGCAAAAGGGGUUUGAAAACAAAUUCACACAUCAUAUUACAGUAUAGUAAUGCAGGAGAGGAGAGGUACAUUCUCUUGAAUUGCCUCUCUGGAAUCUAGCAUGAAGAUUUCAGCAUCUAGUAGAUGCAUAUAUCUGGCCGAGACUACUACUCUAGCCUUCUUUUUUCUAAUCCGCAUUUCCAGCCUAUUGGACUUACACGAAUUACAACUGUCAUAAACGCGCUAACAUCCUUAUAGGUAUCCAUCCUCGUCCGGCGCUAUAGAUUUAAGCAUAUUGUUGGGCUAUCGGAGGAAGAAUAUGGUGAGUCCUUAGCUAAAUUAGUUUUCUGCUUAUCCCUUGUUCUUUUUUAUUACCACGUAAAUUAUCGUAUAGUUAGCGUGCGGACAGGUAGUUGCAAAUAGUAUAUUUCCGCCAUUUAAUUUGCUGUCCGGUUGGAGGCCUGUAUUUUAAGCGCUAUUUGUUGAAACGAACUGUCUGUCCUCCGCGUCUCUCCGCGUCAAAAAUAGCGUCGCCCGCUUAACUAUCGUACGAAAUCUCCGU